GACGUCAUCCUGGGCUCAGACGUCUUCUACGAUCCCGAAGAUUUUGAAGACGUCCUUGUGACCGUUUUUUUCCUGCUGAGAAAAAACCCCAAAGCCGAGUUCUGGACGACGUACCAAGUACGAAGCGCCGACUGGUCGAUCGAGGUGCUGCUGCACAGGUGGAACCUGAGCUGCAUCGAGGUUCAGCUCGACCAGUUUGAUGCCGACACACCUGAGCUGGCCGGGUCGAAUCUGCCCGGCAACCACAGCAUCCAGAUGAUGAAAAUCACCCUGAAGACGGAGGAUGCUGGACAGAAGGCCGUCCACAGA